AUGGCUUCUGAAGCUACCCACCACUCAGAUUCUCCACUUCACUUUGUUCUCUUUCCCUUCAUGGCUCAAGGCCAUAUGAUUCCCAUGGUUGAUAUUGCAAGGCUUUUGGCUCAUCGGGGUGUGACCAUAACAAUCAUCACAACGCCUCACAACGCAGACAGGUUCAAGAACGUCAUAAACCGUGCCGUCGAGUCUGGCUUGCCCAUCAACCUCGUGCAUGUCAAGUUUCCACAUCAAGAAGCUGGUUUGCCAGAAGGACAAGAGAAUGUAGAUUUGCUUGAAUCGAUGGGGUCGAUGGCAGCUUUCCUCAAAGCGGUUAACACACUCGAAGAACCGGUCCAGAAGCUAAUGGAAGAGAUGAUACCUCGACCAAGCUGUCUAAUUUCUGAUAUGUGUUUGUUUUAUACAAGCAAAAUUGCUGAGAAUUUCAACAUACCGAAGAUCCUUUUCCAUGGUAUGUCUUGCUUUUGUCUUCUGUGUAUGCAUGUUCUACGCAAGAACCGUGAGAUCUUGGAGAAUUUAAAGUCAGACAAAGAGUAUUUCCUCGUCCCUUCUUUUCCUGGCAGCGUUGAAUUUACGAAACUUCAAGUUCCUGUCGAAACAUAUGCUGAUGGAGAUUGGAAAGAAUUUAUGGACGACUUGGUAGAGGCCGAUAACGCAUCCUAUGGUGUGAUUAUCAACACAUUUCAGGAGCUAGAACCCGCUUAUGUCAAAGACUUCAAGGAGGCUAGGGCUGGUAAGGUAUGGUCCAUUGGACCUGUUUCCUUGUGCAACAAGGUAGGAGCAGAUAAAGCUGAGAGGGGAAAUAAGGCAGACAUAAACCAAGACGAAUGUCUUAAAUGGGUUGAUUCUAGAGAAGAGGAGUCGGUCUUAUAUGUUUGUCUUGGAAGCAUUUGCAAUCUUCCCCUGUCUCAGCUCAAGGAGCUUGGGCUAGGCCUUGAGGAAUCCCAAAGACAUUUCAUUUGGGUCGUACGAAGUUGGGAGAAGUAUAAAGAGUUAGCAGAGUGGAUCUCGGAGAGCGGUUUCGAAGAAAGAAUAAAAGACAGAGGACUUCUUAUCAAAGGAUGGUCUCCGCAAAUGGUUAUCCUUUCACAUCCUUCCAUUGGAGGGUUCUUAACGCACUGCGGAUGGAACUCAACUCUAGAGGGGAUAACCGCUGGUGUACCGCUGCUUACAUGGCCGCUCUUUGCAGACCAAUUCUGUAACGAGAAAUUGGUCGUCCAGGUACUAAAAGCCGGUGUGAAAGUCGGGGUUGAGCAGCCUAUGAAAUGGGGAGAAGAGGAGAAGAUAGGAGUGUUGGUUGAUAAAGAAGGAGUGAAGAUGGCAGUGGAAGAACUGAUGGGUGAGAGUGAUGAUGCAAAAGAGAGAAGAAAGAGAGCCAAGGAGCUUGGAGUAUUAGCUCACAAGGCUGUGGAAGAAGGAGGCUCUUCUCAUUCUAACAUCACAGUUUUCUUAAAUGACAUAAUGCAACAAGUGAAUUUUAAGAAUUGA